ACGUGCGCAAGUGAGAGCCUCUGUGUGUGCGUGCGUGUGUGUGUGUUGGGCUCCAGAGCGAGCAUCGCUGACAGAUCCGACGGAUCGCUUUAAGCACAGAUUAAUUAGCCCGGUUCGGAUCAGUCCGGCACCACACCAGCAUGUCGUCCACCACAGAAGUCCAGAACCAAGAACCGAACCAGGAGCCGCCUAAAGAGACGACGAACGCGGAGCAGAAAGAGGAGGCGAAAGAGGCGCAGGGGGAGGAGAAGGAUGCGGCGAAGGAGGAGGUGAAGGUGGAGGAGAAAACGGAGGAGAAAAAAGAGGAGAAAAAGGAGGAGAAGAAGGAGGAGGAGAAGGUUCAGAAGAAGGAGGAGAAGAAAGAUCAGAACAAAGAGUCAUGGAAGGAUUUCAUCUACAAUCCCCGGACCGGAGAGUUUCUGGGCCGAACCGCCAGCAGUUGGGGUCUGAUCUUCCUCUUCUACCUCAUCUUUUAUGGCUUCCUGGCGGGAAUGUUUACCCUCACCAUGUGGGUGAUGCUACAGACACUAGAUGAUAAUGUUCCAAGGCACCAGGACCGACUGGCCAACCCAGGAUUGGUUGUCCGUCCUCUUGGUUUUGAGAUUUCCUACAACCGUUCUGAUCCAACGAAGUACAACCCGUAUGUCCAACAGCUGCAUGACUUUCUGCAGAAGUACAACGACAGCAUCCAGGAGGGGAAUGACUUGUGUAUGGUAGGGGAAUACACUGAUCAGGAUGAACAACCUAAAAAGAAGGUUUGUCAGUUUAAACGCAGCGCACUGCGUCUGUGCUCCGGACUGCCAGACACCAGCUUUGGGUACGCUGAAGGGCAACCCUGCAUCAUCGUCAAGAUGAAUCGGGUCAUUGGACUGAAGCCCCAAGGAGAUCCAUACAUCAACUGUACCUCCAAGAGAAACACGCCGCUGCAGAUGCUUUACUUCCCACCUGAAGGCCGUCUGGAUAAGAUGUUUUUCCCGUACUAUGGCAAGAACGCUCAUCCUGAUUACGUCCAGCCUCUGGUGGCCGUCAAGCUGCUGCUAACUAAAGAAGACUACAACGUGGAGCAGACGGUGGAAUGUAAAGUGGAGGGAACCAACCUACGCAACAACGAUGAGCGGGACAAGAAUAUGGGUCGGGUCACUUUCCGGGUUAAGGUCCUUCAGUAAAUACUUGGUGCCAUGGACUUCCUGAUUUUACACAAAAACCAAUUUUAAAUUCAGGAAACCUUUAGCCCAGACCUGAUCUGCUCCUACUCGUAUGAAUCUGGGUCAUCUAAUCAAAUCUGGACCACUAAGGUUUAACCAUACACUGCCAGAACCUUUGCAACCUCCUUGCGGGUCAGUCCAGUUUGACCGAUCAUCCAGCUGUUUACAUGGAUCCUGUUCAGACGCUGGGAACAGAUCAGGUCUGAUGUGGAAGCAUGUGACCCCAGAGCACACCAGUGUGUUGUUUUUAGACUUUUCUAUGUUAGUGAGAUAAUAAGAAAUAAUCUGAUUCCUAUUGUGAGUCGCAGGGCGGCGCAGCAGAGUCAGCCUGAUCUAAUAAACACUCCGGUUGCUGUUUCUUUAGCAUUCACAUGGUCUUAAAAUCAAACAACCUGAUAUCCAGUCACCCAAACAGGAAUCAGCUGCAAUGUUUUCCAUUAUUCUGACUGAGGAGUUCAGGCUGUGCAGCAGAAGGUUUCUUGAUACUAAGGAACAGAUAAACUAAACCACAGGGCUGCUUCUUACCGACCUUCAAAAAUUUAAGUCUCAGAUUAAUCAUGACUGAUUCAUAGAAAUAAUAAAAA